AUGACAGCAAAUGGAACAGAUUCAACUGGCUCGCAAGGCGGAUUGCGAUCACGAACCUCGGUCCUGAUCCAUCCGAACCUCGCACAAGGAGGACGCUUCCUUGUCUUGCCGCACCCGCGCACGGGGAUCCCCACUUACUACCUGCAUUCCAGCCAUGCCAACGCCAGCGCCUCGACAGCGGGCACGGAUGCUACUUCUGCGGACGGGGAGCUGUUCGAGCUCUCGACGAUCAAGGACACCAGGUACGAUCGGUCGUGGAUGGUGUCGGGCGUGAACACGGUGGUGUCGGCAGGGCAGCUCGAGGUGCUAUCGCGGGUGGAUGUGCGCUUCCUCGUGAUUUCGCUACUGUACUCUGCGCUGGGCGAUCGCAAGUUCCGCUCGCUCGAGGAUACGUUUGAACAAAUCUCUCUCGGUCUAUUUGCCAAACGCUCAGACGAGGCCGUCGAAGCUGUAGCAGCACUCAAAGCGGCUUCGACCGAGGCCAAGGAUGCUGACGCUUCACGCGAAUGGUCCGACAUCCUCACGUUCGGCUCGCUUCCACUCGUAUACACUGCUUUGACACAAGUUGCUGAUGUCCAAGAUCUUCCUGGUGGCGAAAAGGCGUUUCGAUUAUCACUUUCCAAGAUGUAUGCGAUCCUCGACGCCAAGCACGCCCGACUGUCGAUGCGGUCCACGUUCGCAGCAGCACCCAACACGCUCGGACGCAGCUUUGAACGUCGCUGGCCGCUCGACUCGGACCCUUCGGCCUACCUCACCGACACACCCGGCACAGACUCGGACGAGCCCAAGGAAGCUACACAGCUGCGCCGCACGCUCGCCGCCGAAAUCAUCGCCACUAACCUCCCGCCCGCACUCGCGGCUGAAUACUGCACGCACCUUGGCAUCGCAUCUGCCACUUGA